UUAGUGUACCAAAUUUCAAAACACGCAUCAUGUUUAAAUCGCUUCACUUCUCGUACAACAAUAGUGCUGUCAAAGUCGAUUAUCCUACAGAUCUACUAUUUGCAAAGACAGACUUUUUAGGACAAUUUCUUGACCAUGUUCUUUUCUAUGCUAGUUCUCGAUAUAGCGCGAGUAGAAGCUGAACAUAUGGGUCAAUUUUGCUGCAUUUUCAAAACAGUAUUGCUUCUUCAGGGCUUGGAGUGAAGCAAAACCCGCUUCAUUGAAAGUUACAAAGUUAUAGACCAGCUAUUAUAUAGUUAUUAUUAUUAUUUUUGCAUUUUCCUGAUAAGUUCUCGCCUGAAGUCAUUCGAUAUCUUUUCAGAAUAGCUUUUGUGCUUCAGCCACAUUCGAAUAAUGAUACAAAUGCACAAAACUGCAAAAAAAAAUUGGAAAAUAACAUCAAUUCAAUGGUUAGCGUUGUUGUUUAGCAAGUAACCAAUGACAAUAACAGACAGCGAAAUCCAAAGAAAGCUAAUAGUUACUGUUAAAAAUGGGGAAUAAGAACAUGCAGGUGGCACAACAUUUGAUCACAUUCAAAAAGUUUUACCAAUGGAUAAUCGUUAUCAGUUAGCUUCUAUGUUACGCUGCCUAUAAUCAUUAGUCUUCCGUUUUGCCAACAGAAAGUACUGUCCAUUCUUCCACCAUACUUUACGUAUCAGCAAUAUAACAUACCUACAGGGAAAAUGUUAGGCGUCGUAUCCUAGCUUAAAAAUGCUGAAAACUGUUUUCAAUCUGUGCUGCUUAAGCUUUAAUGAAACACCUUGAAUUUGAACUUUUUCAGCCAAGAUUAAACGAAAGCCAAAUCUAUAACCCACCCCCCUUUUCUUUUUCC